AUUAAGACCUUUGUCUCUCUGUUUCAACUUUCAACACCGUUCGUUGUCGUCCUUGCUUUGCCUCGCCAUAGUUCGUCGUCAAGUUAAUUGAAAUUGGAUUAAUCGUUCUUUUUGCGGUGAGAGGGAAUGUCUGAAAAAAUUGAUUCCUAUAAAUAAAAAAAUUGUGGCUUUUUGUGAUUAAUCCGUACUGAUUAAUUUAUAUAAAUAUAUUUAUACGUACAGGACAUAUGUACAUUCGACUUCAUGUGCAGUGAAAUUGUCAUAUUGUGUUCCAUCGGCAAAAAUUUAGAGUGAUUGAAGAGGGCCAGGCGCACGUGCUGAUUUAAUUGAUUAAACUUUAUACAUUGUUACCGUGGUGUUCCAAAAGUUAUUUAUACAUUAAUGUGAUUCAUUGUAAAAAUUUCAAAAUAAACAAAGAAAUAAAGUUUAAGCCAAAACCACCGAACAUAUAUUUAAACCUCAGCACAGACAAAUCCGUGUAGUUAAGUUUUUGUAUUCAAUUUUAAAACAGAAAAAAAAAAACAGUUUUUAAAAUGGGUUGCAAUACAAGUCAGGAAGUUAAGGCGAAAAAACCGGAGGAAGAUGGUGCCACCGAUGUCAAUGCGAAAAACCCUGAAACCGAACAGUCUGCGACAGCGGCUAUGAAUGGUGAUGCUUCAGCACCAUCUGUUGAGGACAGUUGUUCGGGUGCAGCAAAUAAAAGUAGUGAAGCUGUGACCAAGGAACCCACAGAAAGGGAACAGAAUGCAAAGAACAAUGGCAUUCAGCAGCAACAGCACGGGAAGCCCCCGCAGCCCUCACAGCAACAACAACAAAAAUCCCCAGAAGUGGCAGGAGCAGGAGGUGAUGUCACCAUUGUCGAUGAUGGAAAACAUCAUAACGGUCUAGUGAAUGGUGAUAUUAACGACGACACUUCCAGGAGCAAUGUCAAACGAUGUGACAAAGCAGAGAUUAGCGAGUUGAACAAUGUGGAUAUUGAUGGCGACGAGGACGAUGAGACGAAGCAGCAGCAGAAGGACGAAGAGAAGCAGAAGCAGAAUGACAACAAGGACGAAGAUGAUGAUGCGAAUGACGAUGAUGGCGAUGAAGAAAAAGCCGCAACAAAAAUCCAAGCCGCAUUCCGAGGUCAUAAAGUUAGAGCAACCAUGAAGAAGUCCGACGACACAUCAGCAGCAGCUGCCGCCUCAACCAAUAAGAAUACACCAGCAGCAACUGAUACUGAUGGCAACUCAAAGACAGCAGCCACAGCGGCGGCGGUCGAAGCUGAUCCAACUAAAGAGGAGCUGGAGGCAGAAUUCGAUCCCAACGACAAAGACCUUUGCAAUGCAGCUUUGAAAAUUCAAGCAACAUUCCGUGGACAUUUAUCACGUAAAUUAGUUGGCACCAAGGAGCCCGAGGAUAUUGACAUCCAAGAGAUAACUAAGAAAGUCGCUGAAGAAUUGGAUAUUGAUUUAUCAGAUCCAGAGCUUAAUAAAGCAGCUACAAAAAUUCAAGCCUCAUUCCGAGGACACAAAAGUCGCAAAGAUAUACCAGCUUAAUUUAACAACAAAAACAACAACAAAAUAUGUUUUUUUGUCAACAAACUUUGUCAAAUAAAAAUCAGAAUUUAAAUUAAAAAAAAAAAUAAUAAAACAUUCAAAUUCAUUAAAACAAAAUUUUAAAAAAAAAGUAUAUAAAGUAAGAAAAUAUUUUAUUGAAAAAUUUAAAUAAAAACAAAAUAAUAUUGAAGACAAGUCCAUUCUCUGCCUAAAAUUCUUAAUUAUAACAACAACAAAAAUCCUAAAAUUAAAAAAAAUACCCACAUUAUAUAAAAAUAUGUGUGGUAAAAUUUUUAAAUAAAUAAAAACAAAAACAAAUCUAACAACAAAAUGUAAAACCAUUAUACAUUAUGAAAAAAAAAUAAAACAUUAUAUAAAUUGUAAGAAAAAAUCACAUUUUUGGCUUUUGUAGCAAGAGCAAAGCAAAUAUUUUGCAAACAAACAAAAAAAACAAAAAUAUUUAGUAUAAAAUAAAAAAAAAAAUUAAAUAUAAUCCUAUAAAAUAUUAAAACAAAACAAAAGAACUACAAACCAAGAUCUAUACCAACCAGCAAUUGAGCUUAAAAUAUAACAAACAAAAUUUAAAAAAAAAUAUUUUAUAGUAUACCAAAGUAUAUCUAUUUGAAUCCUUCACUUUUGUUUUCUGUCUUUUAAACUUGUUUCUAAUUUUAACCAAAAAUAAAAAUAUAAAUAUAUUACAACAAUCAAAAAAGCACAAACAAAAACACAUACGAGUAUUUUCUCAAAAAACAACAACAUAAAAAUAGGGAAUUUUUGACAUUUGAAAUGCGAGCACUUUAAUGGCUGCUUCAAAAAUACAAAAACAUUCUCCUAUUUAAACAAACAAAAUUAUUAAAAAACAUUAUUUAAAUAAAAACAAUGUUGUAUGAGUGAAGCGCAGCCACCGCCAACACCGCCGCCAUCGUCGUCGUAAAGAUUUGAAACAUUAAAAGGGCAACAAACAAUAAUAAAACACCAAUUUUAUUCCUUUGAAAAUGCCAUUUCAUGUCAAUUGUCAAUAUUUGAAAAAUUUUGCUAAAAAACUUAAAAUAAAGCCUCUCCCACAACAAACCUUAAGAUUGUCAUAAACCAAUGUAUGCGUAUUGUGAAAACAAAAUAUUAAAACUUAUGAAACAUUUUUACCUGUUUUUAACACCUGUCAAAAAAAUCACACGCCUUUUAAAAAAAUAAAACCAAAAUUUAUUAGAAAACAAAAAAAUAUGACAUUCAAAAAAUAUUAUAAAAUUUACAGUUUUGCACUUGCUCUAAAUGAAAACCAACAAUUUAAAGUAUUUAAAACUUUAUCUACCUAAGGCAAUAAAAGGUUAUAUCGAAAAAAGGUAUGCAUACCAAAAUAAAACAAAACAUUUUUGCCAAAUAAUAUUGUUAUUAUUAAUUAUUAUUAUGAUUCUAGUUUUUAAUUUUUACUAAUUAAACAACAACAACAAACAAAAAUCUACAUAAUUAUAUUAUAUAUUUUAAAAUGGUUAGUAAGUAUCAAUCACCGAUUAAAGAACGCAAAUAAAUACAAAAUAUAUUAUUAUAUAAAACAUAAAUAAAACUUAAAACUAUAAACACUCAUGCAUUAAGUAAAAAUUAAAUUUAAAACAAAAAAUGAAAAGCUUUUAAUCUACACUUUACACUUAAACAACAAAAACACAUACAGGAAAUUGAAAAGAAAACACUUAUUAAUUAAAGAACAGACAGAGAUACCUAAAAAUUGUUAAAUUAUUUUAUUUAAAACAAACAAAAUUAAUUUAAAACAUGAAGGAAAUGCUGUUAAAAAACUUAAAUGAAUAAAAAUAGAGAGAAGAAAAUAAAAUAGAAAAAACUAAAACCAAAAGUCAGCAGAAUAAUUCAGAUUCAAAAACAAAGUUAAACACAAAAAACAAAAAGAUCACAUAAAACAAAAAAUUUAAAAUAAAAACCCAAAACUUGACAAACCAAAAAAUGGAAAAAUAGUAGCAAUGUGAACCUUAGACGAUUUUGUUAUGUAAAUGGCAAAUUUUAUGUCGGAAAUGGUACUUAUGUUAAAGAUAGUAAGAAAUAAAACCAAAUAAAAACCAAA